AGGGGUUGGGAGAAGGAGGACGCGGUGGUGGUAACUCCUAAUUUACCGAGACGCCUCAUGUGACCAACGGUGACACUCUCGCCGCUAUCCCGGCGUGGAGGACGUGCUUGUUGCCCCCCUCAGCUCCUCCACUCUUGGCUGGCUUGAUGUAUGCACGUUCGAGCGUUGGAACCAGCACGCAGUCUUCGUCUUUUUCUUCGUUUUGUCGAGCCCUCGGGUUUCGCCGUCAUGGCCUGGAGGGGAGCAAGAACACUCUCCUAUUAUCACCCCAUCCAUUACACCAAUUAGGAUUGAAGUAAGAGGCUCGGGGGAGAAUAUAAGGUGAUGACCUGGAUAGUGCCAUGUGAAUGACUGAAGACCAUGAAGUCCACACACAAGCUGCUGUUCGUCCUGUGCCCCAUGCUGGUCCUAGGCUUUAUUUACUACUCAUCGGGAAAGCUACAUCUAAACGUAUGGGCCCAGAAGCCACAGCUUGAUGCUGAAGUGACAACUGUAAUCCUCACUAACGGCAAUGAAGUGAAAAGAAUUGCAGAGCUGGAAACUGAUAUCUCCGUGGGACGAAUAGUAGGCUCAGUGUAUGACAAGCAGGGCUUUUUGCUGCAGUUAGACACAAAAUUGCCACCGGAGUUGGCAUACAAGUAUGGCAAUCUCAGCGAAGGCGUGUGCAAGCCAGGAUAUGCAGCAGCCAAAAUGACAACCAUCUAUCCAAAGUUCAGGAAAGCAGCGCCCAUGUUUCUUGACCAAAACUUCAAACGUCUCGCAAAAGUCAGCAAUUACUUGCCUCCAUUUGGAUUCAAAACACAAGAGAGAAUCAUAGACAGCAUUUUAACUACUACCAAAAACUUUGGAUUAGGAGAUGAACUGGACAGUCUCAACUGUAAAAAAUGCAUCAUUGUGGGCAACGGAGGUAUCCUGUCCAACAAGUCUCUGGGAUCCAGUAUAGAUGACUAUGAUGUUGUGGUCAGGUUGAAUGAAGCCCCAGUGGCUGGUUAUGGGAAGGAUGUAGGGACCAAAACUACAAUGAGAAUUACCUACCCAGAGGGAGCUAUUCAGAAGCCUGAACACUACGAAAAGGAUUCACUUUUUGUUUUUUCUGCUUUCAAACCACUGGACUUCAAGUGGUUAAGACAGAUGGUCUUGAAAGAGAGACUGCGAGGUACAGAGGGUUUUUGGAAGUCCGUGGCCCAGCAUGUCCCUCGUGAGCCCAGCGAGAUGAGAAUCCUCAACCCCUACUUCAUCCAGGAGGCUGCCUUCCAGUUCAUAGGCCUGCCCUUUAACAAUGGCAUAAUGGGAAAAGGGAACAUUCCAACUUUAGGCACGGUUGCCAUAACAAUGGCGCUGCAUAACUGUGACGAGGUGGCGGUGGCCGGCUUCGGCUAUGACAUGAAUGCGCCUCACGCACCCCUCCACUAUUACGAGGCCGUCAAGAUGUCUGCUAUCAAAGAGUCAUGGACGCACAACAUAUCUAAGGAGAAGGAGUUCCUGCGCAAGUUAGUGAAGGCCAAUGUCAUCGCGGACCUCACCAACGGCAUCUGAGCUUAUGGCCAUCUAUUCUCCUUCCCCAUGGACUACCGCACAGGAAGCCGGGGAAAGGGCAAAAGAACCCCCAAAUGUCCAGGUGGCCUCCACAAUACAAGGGUUUUCAUAUCAAAGGAGAUUGCUUUCAAAAAUAAGUUUAGUGGUAACGUGCACACACGCGUGCCUUCUGAACCAAAGACGCCGAUUGAUUGAAGCACGAGGUAAAACGGGGGGGGGCGGCGACUGGAGCCACCCACUUCCUCUCUGAUGCGCUGACACCUUUACAGCGUUUACCACUUUAAUAUCCGGUAUUACACCAAUGACGUGACCUGCAGAAGUCGGGCAAAGUGGAACAAAAAUGGAGACUGUGCAGGGACGGGCUGAGUAUUAGCAGUGCCAAAUGUACCUCGAACAGAGGAGAGGUGGCGCUCCUCUCCUUUUUCCUGCCUGAAUGUAUUCACUUUCCUCAAUGUAAAUAGCAAAAGAUUUUUACUUUUUAACGAGCUGCUGCAGCAGCAUCCUGACCAUCCCUGCCUCUUUUCCCACAUUUUGCUUCUGUCCAUUUUCUUCACACAAGCCGAUGACACUGUAUGUUGACAGAAAAGAAGUCUCGUAUAGUUUGCACUCGAGGCCAUAGCUCCUCUCUAAAGCCCCUUAAACUCUCAACAGCUCUAUUUGGCAUCCAGUGGUGAUUAAAAUUUGAUGUUUAGGCAGUUUUUUUUAAAUUCUUUUUUUUUUUUUUUUUUUAAAUAAGUAAACUUCAAUUCCUGUUUUAGCAAUAUUAUAUUUGAGCUGCUUAAUUGUGUUCCCCAACUUUUGUUAAGCAAAGGCACAUGUACAAAUCUGUCACACCACCAAACAAAAAUGUCCAUUUUAAGGCCAGCUUAGUUCUCACUUAAGUCAGUUUCCAAGUCAAUACAGGCUGAAAUCAAUUUCAUUUAGACUAUGACGUUACAUUUGAAAAAUAUCAUGGCACACGGCCAAACAGAAAUGUUACCAAAAGUAUAUAUACUGAUAUAGUGAUUGAACACACCUCAAUCUACCCACAAAUGUAUUUACUCUGUGAAAUCUUUGUUGUAUGAAAGACAAAGAGGUGGAUACAAAGGUUAAUUGUACCUUCUGUCAUCUAGUGGAAGAGCAUUUAAUUGUUCUGCCUGUCACUAUAUGUCGCUGGCAUUGAUAGAUGAACAAAGAUACAUCAUUUAUAGUAAACUAUUUUUAGACCAAUUAGGUGACAUUAGAUCAUUUCUUGUGGAACAGUGGUUGGGAAUCGGUGCUCUGAGUGAAAACAAGGAGAAGCAAAUUAUUUCUUUUGGAGAAUCAAUCUUCGUCAGCUUGUCAUCCCUAUAAGGUGAACCCCAAUCACUUCCAUCUGGACGCUUGAUUUCUCUCAUGUGAGUGUGUGCGCAUGCGUUUCAGUUUGCAAGUGCGGCGGCCUGCUACUGUCUGCAUCGCCUCGUCUGGGUCGGUGGACUGAAUGUUGAAGCCAUCCUACCCGUUGCUGCAGAUCUCAUCGUGCUAGAGAAAUUUGACACUUUUUGAUUGUUGAAAAAAUAGAUAUACAUUGUUUUCAUUAUUUAUUUAGUUACGGAGACCCAGCGUUUGGAUCACAGGCAGGCCUGCUAUCUUUUCUCGUCGCGUUCUGAGGAAACUUAAAAACUGUUUGACUUGACCAUUGUGUGCUUUGUCUAAGAUUACAACAAUUUGUGUGGCAAAAGCAGCGUUACAAUCCGGGAAUUAUUCAGUUUGUUUCUGUUACAAUCUAAAACCCUCAUUGCAUCCUCUUUUCAAAUCACUCAUUGACUCCGAAGUAUUUUCGUACUGCGACGGGUACUAUUUCAAUAUAACACAAUCAACAAUAUCAAGGCAGGAAAGUUCAAAUGCAGUGUAGCCUUGAGAUACGAGUGACCCGAUUUGAGUUUUUGAGAUACGAGCCAUCGCGAUUCUUCACUUCGACUUGUCAGCAGUGAACUCAAUCCCACUCACGUCACAAUAAGCAGCAGUUUAGCAAAUAUUGAAUUCAUCAAAAAGGUCUAAGGCUGUUUAGUGCCACUCAUAAUUAAAGUUCACCACCAAAUGAAACUAAACUAAAAGAAAUGCAUAUUGUGUAUUUAAAGCACCCACGUUAGCAUUUCAGUCCAUUAGCUUAAUGCUAACUGUUAUCCAUGUUGCACUGCUAUAACCCUUUAAGCAAUGGAUUGAACACAAACGGUGCAGCAACAUGUAGACAGCAGUAUAACAGCUUUGUCAUAUUCUUUAUCCUCUGAAUAGAAUGACUAAUAUUAGUGCUGUACUAAUGUGAUAGGAGUUAACGCCUGAAUGAACAGUAUACUGCCUCUUAUCGAUGCAGUGUGAAAAAAGGUAUAAUUCCUUUUAAUUAUAUUUUUCAUUACUGUAUGUUUUUUCAAAGUAUGCUAACAUGGAGUGCUAUUUUCCUAAUUAAAAUACAAAUUUCUUUUUUUUCAACGAGCGUGCUCUUGGAACAAAUUAAACUCGUAUCUCAAGGCACCACUGUAUUUUCACUAUGCGACGUGUACUAUAUUAAUAUAACAUAAUCAACAAUCCCAAAACGGGAAUAAUCCAAUAGCCCAAAAAUAUUCCAAAUAUCUGUUUGCCUUCCAACAUGAAUGACAUAAUCAGUUUUGUAAUCCAUGUGCUUUUGAUAGUUUUGGAAAUUUCUCGAUUUUGUUUCUUUCACUCUCAGGUGGCUUUUCACCUCUUUUCUGUAUAUGCUCCUCCUCCGGAAGUGCAUACAUACUGUAAAGGCACCCGCGCUUAGAUCCCAAAUUGUUACUCUGAAAUUAUCGCAUCAAAUGGGAUUUUGAGAGAGCUCUUAACAGGCGCUCACACUGCCUUACGUUUCAUCUUCUGGAAACUGCAACGAGGAGAAGCGCUGCUGUUUCACUAUGAGCAGUCAGCUGCACGUUAUUUGGGAGAUUUGGGUGCGGUCCAUUUCAUAUCUGCUGUGUUAUGUAUGCAUGUACGUAUGUAGAUCUGAUUUAGAAACACUUGAAGACACUGGUUGUCUUGGAUGUAUGUUUUUUUUUUCUUUUUUUUUUUUUUUUAAAUCUGCAUAGUCACUUUCUACUGCUGUAAAAUACAAAAUACCCUUCUCACAAAAAGUUCCAAGGUCCACUUGGAUGCCUUUCUGUAACUCCUCCAGUCUCUAUCAACCUGCUGAUGAUAUGCUGACAUUCUAUACUUUCUCUGAGAACAUGUUUGUGGGGCUGCAGACAGGAUGUUCUCAGAGGAAAGUGGUCACUGAGCUUCGUGUCAUCAGCAGGUUACAACAGAGAGGCUGGAAGAGUCACAGAAAGGCAUAGAAGUGGAUGUCCUUUGAAAUGUUGUGACUUUGACAUUCAGUCCUGAAAUAUUAGGAAAAGGUACUUGUCCUUUCAAAGGUUAAGACGAGGUCAAAUUAAGUUCACUAGUGAUGGAUCUAGUGCAGUUUAGGUUCAUCCUAAAAUAUUUUGAACUUUUUGUGAGUUGCGUAUGUGCUCGCCAUGAGUCCUAAUCCAGGGUACUCAUUUGGAUGCAUUUGUUUUAAAGGGGACAUAUUGUCCAUUUUUUUCAUAUUUUGAAACCGUUACCAGGUGUAAUUACAUUUUGUCAUUUUACCCAUCAAGAAGCAUGCUUACCACUAUUUGUCUUGCUGAAAUUAUUUGGCUCGGCAAGAACCGUUUCUUGCUGGGCCAAUGGCAAGUACGGCUUUUGUUAUGGGUUUCCUGACGAGAUUACUGCAUUUUCACCCGCGGAGGCAGCACUUCAUCCACUGAGCAGACAAAAGGUUUCUCUCCGGUGUGUUUUCUCGUAUGCUUUUUCAAAAGUGACUUGUAGAGAAGAAAAUUCCCACAGUGAGAACAUUUCCAGCGUUUGUUGUUAGUGUGACCUUCAGAUUGUUCGUGAUCAUCAGUGUGAGGAGUGUGUACCAUUGUGUCGUCACUAUCUGAUAGUAGAGCGAAGACUACUCUUUAUGCACUUCGAUUAGUGUGUGGCUCUGUGCAUGUAGCGCAUGCAGCAAACACAUCGCCAAACACAAAUUUGGCAAAAUUCCAAACUGCGUGCUCAGAGGCACAUUUGCAGAAAUAGGCAGAUUUACUUUUUUUUUUUAAUUUCACCUUUUAUUGGUGUACAGUUAUUUGUAUACAAGCAGUUGAAAGGUCAAUUUUCUAUAAAAUGUCCCCUUUAAACCUAAAAACUGUCUGAGAGUAACAAUUUGAUUCAGCAAGGCAGUCUUACUUUUUGUUAUUAGGAGAGAAGCUCGAAAAAGGAGUUACUGAAAUAUUGGCAAAUGUGCUCGAUGCACAUGGGGAGCAAAACGAUGGCUAGUACAAGUAUGACAUAUUUUGCCUUGUCAAUUUUUAUUUUCAAACACGACUUCUAGUGUGACUGGUGUCCUUGAACGCACCAGCAAGAGGUUGUUUGGUCCCCCGACAUCUGCAGCACUACAUCUUGGUCCUGUGCCACUUUGGUAUCGUUACACAUCGAAGUUGGGCUGUCAAUCUGUUUGACACUAAACAGAUUUGCAGUUGAAGUGCUGCGCGGUUUUGUUAUGGUUUUGUUUUUUCCUCCCCAUGCAGUUUUCGUUCAGAUGGACCGGGCCCAAAUCUCCUUGAAGUCGAAUGUAUUCAAUCAAAUCAUGUUGAUUAUUAUUAUUAUUUUUUUUUUCCUGUAUCAUCAAUGGCAAGUGAUCAAAAAUGGUGUUACUGUCUAAAUCCAAGUGUAAAUUGCUUUCUGCGACUCAAUUAAAAGGUUUGUAAUGGACGCAGUUUCUGACUGAUUCUGUUUUUCGUCACAAUACACCCUCACCUUGUCACAUUAGUGUAAAAUGAGAUCCAACACAAUGGCUCUAUCAAGACCCCUGACAAUUUGAG